AUGCCGUCUGCCACAGCCGCAAAGGCCAAAAAGGCCAAUGCCAAUGCCAACCUCAAAUCCAAGAUCAACAAGGCGCCCGCCGUUACUGAGAUUGAUGAACAAUUUGAUCACUCUGAGGAUGAGUCCGACUUUGGGUCUGAACUAGAUGUGGAGGAUGAUGAGUCGGCUGGCUCAGAUGAAGAGGACGAGGAUGAGGACGAGGAUGAACACGAUUUAGAGGAGGGCGUCUCAGACGAAGAGGAGGGCGUCUCAGAUGAAAAUGAGGACGAGGAGAACCAGAGCGCCGAAUCAGGUUCAGACUCAGACUCCGAUUCGCUAGACAGCGACGCCCCCAGAAAACGACGCCGUACCUCACCCACCAUCGACGACAUCGUUGCUCAACUUGAAGACGAAGAAGAGGAUGACACGCCUGUCGCCCCCGUCAAGCCUGUCUUCAACAACGUCCCAUCCCGCAUCAAGAAAAAGCAACCUGAGGCUCCCAAAACAGAAAAGACCGAAGAGGCAACACCAGCCCUACCAGUACCAGAGCCUGCCAGCACAGUCUCUGUUCCUAUCGACGCCAACACCACCUUCGACGCACUCAAUGUCCGCCCAUGGCUGGUCCAGUCUCUCGCCAACAUGGCCAUCAAGCGGCCAACCGGCAUUCAAAAGGGUUGUAUACCCGAGAUUCUCAAGGGCAGGGACUGUAUCGGUGGCAGUAGGACAGGUUCGGGUAAGACGGUAGCAUUUGCCGUUCCCAUUCUCCAGCAAUGGGCUGCCAACCCAUCCGCCAUCUUUGGUGUCAUCCUCACGCCCACCCGCGAACUCGCCCUCCAAAUCAUGGAGCAAGUCAUCGCACUCUCCCAGCCCCACGUCCUCAAAGCCGUCCUGAUCACCGGCGGCGCCGACAUGCGCAAACAAGCCAUUGACCUUGCCAAGCGUCCUCACCUCGUCAUCGCCACUCCCGGCCGUCUCGCCGACCACAUCCGCACCUCAGGCGAGGACACCAUCUGCGGCCUGCGCCGCGUCAAGUUCAUUGUGCUCGACGAAGCCGACCGUUUGCUCGCCAACAGUGGCCACGGAUCCAUGCUCCCCGACGUCGAAGAAUGCUUCUCCGUUCUCCCUCCUCCUUCCGAGCGCCAAACGCUUCUCUUCACCGCCACCAUGACGCCCGAAGUCAAGGCCCUUUCCGAGCGCCCGCCCAUUCCCGGCCGCGCCCCCGUCUUUGUGUGCGAAGUCGACACCCAGCGGCUCGCCAUCCCCGCCACCCUGCGCCAGAUGCACCUCCAGGUGCCGGUCACCCACCGCGAGCACUACCUGCACAUGUUCCUGCUGACCCCGCAAAACGUGGACAAGAGCGUCAUCAUCUUCUGCAACCGCACCAGCACAGCGGACUUUUUGCACCAUUUGUUGCGCUUGCUCGACCACCGCGUUACCUCUCUGCACUCCAAGCUCCCCCAGAGCCAGAGAAUCGACAACCUCGGUCGGUUCCGCGCCUCGGCUGCGCGCAUUCUGGUUGCUACGGAUGUGGCGGCCAGAGGUCUCGAUAUCCCCGAGGUCAAGAUCGUGAUCAACUACGACAUUCCCCGCGAUCCGGACGAUUACAUUCAUCGUGUUGGUCGUACGGCGCGUGCGGGCCGCAAGGGUGAUGCGGUGACGUUUGUGGGGCAGAGGGAUGUCGAUCUGGUGCUGGCGAUCGAGCAGAGAGUUGGACGGCAGAUGGAGGCAUGGACGGAGGAGGGCGUCAACUUGGAGACGAGAGUGAUCAGGGAUGCGCUGAAGGUGGUGGGCGAGAAGAAGAGGGAGGCGUUAUUGGAGAUCGAGGAGCAGAAGGAGGUGGGCGGGAAGAGGAAGAGGGGGAAGGAGAAGUUGAGGGCCAUGUAAGAUGUCUUGAUGAGGAGGAUAGGGAGGAGAGGGGGAGCCGAAGUGGAGGAGGUAAUGAAGGGAAAGGGGGUAGUGGAUGUUUUGAUACCAAAGAUGUGUGUUGGGGUAGGGUGAUAGAUAAAAUAUUGAAUAAAGGAUUAAAAGAC